AUGGAUCCAUCCAGCCAAUCCCCCGGGAACAUCACCCCCUUCUGCAUCGGUAUGACAUUCGACACCAUCUCCCAGGCGCGUCACACCCUUCUCCGCCAUACAGCCGACCGCCAUGAAUCUUACCUCGUCGCCAAGUCAGACCCCGCCCGCCACAUCACCAAGUGUCGGGAUCCUCUCUGUAAAUAUGAGGUCCGAAUUGGGACCAAGAAAGGACAGCCUCGCGUGACGGUCUACCACCCCCACACGUGUCCCCCGUCCACCCACGACAACUGGAAGCAGUCCCGGUCGUCCAAGCUGAAGCCGGAAUAUGUCGCGGCCGAUGGGGGGAGUCGAAAGUAUGCACGACGCGACUUGCAGUCAUCGAGUGAUGAGGAGGGUGAUGGCUUGGACCGGAAGCGGCAGCGAUCGCGCCAGGCCUGCACGCAGUGUCGGUCGCGGAGAGUCAAGUGCGAUGGCAAUGUUCCAUGCAGCAUGUGCGCGAGCUCCAACGUCGAUUGCGAGUAUGUUUCGAGCGCGCAUCCGGGAUCUGCACGGCGAACUGUACCAGACGGUGGUCACGUGGCUGCGCAAGGAACCAGCGCGGUUCGCACCGACAGCCCGUCAGCUCCUCAAGGGAUUUUGGAGCCCUGGAAGCAGCGGUUCGUGGGGCGUCAGUCCUCGGUCGCGUUUCCUCUCUUCGUGGGGCUGGACGUGCAGGCUCCCAAUCCCCCACGCCUGCAUUCAUUCGCCUACAACCCGGGACUCCGACGGGAACCGGAAACCCGCGUUCGAUUUCAAAUUGCCGAGGUCAUCGACUGGGAAGUGGCCAAACGCCUGAUAGAUGUCUACAUGGCCGCCAUUCACCCAUUGUUCAACUUCCUGGACCACGAGAAACUGCGUCAGCGGGCCGAGGACCAUUGGCACAGGAAACCUCAGGGGUUGAGUUUUGAGGCGGUGAUCGGCGGGGUCGUGGCACUGGGGUCGCUGUUCCACGGUGCCGAAGCAGCAUUGACCCAAGAGAAGGAGUUGUGGGCCGUGCAGCACGCGAAAAGCAUCCUCGAGGACUACGUCGCCGGCCGAUUCCCGACCAUCGAGCACGUGGCCGCAUACUUCCUGCGCACGCUAUACAUGCGCACGACGAGUAGACCACAUGUCUCCUGGCUCUGUAGCUGCACCAUGAUGCAUCUUGUCGAGGCUACGGGACUCCAACACGGGCCUGACGGCUUCAUGCUGGCGCCCGGCAGGGCCCCGCCCGACACGGCAUCACGACAGCCGUACAACCCCAGACGCACUGCGCAGGUGGCCGAAUGUCUGCAAACGCUGAUCGCCUGGGACUAUGGGCGGUCCGUGAUGAACCCCACGCUGCAUGCACGGCAAGAGGACUUCUCUGCCACCUUCAAAACCGACCUUUCUUCCCAACUCUGUUCCUUGGUUCAGGCUAUACCUGUGAGCACUCCUAGCCGGGAAGUCGGCGCAGGCGCCGAAGAUCAAGUAUCCGCGCUGCGGAAGGUCAUCCGUAUCAAAGUCGAUCAUGACUUCCUGGUGCUGGUGAAAGCCGAUCUCAUUUUCUGCCUAUACCGUCGGCUGCGCCUGAUCAACUUCCACUUCCACCCACAGCAGAUUGAAGAGAUCAUCAGCGCGGGGACGGCCGCGCUCGCCCCGGCGCAAAGACUGGUCUUUAUGGACCAGCCCUGGUGGAAUGUUCUGGGCACUGUGUUCCAGUUCAUCUGUGUCCUGCUGGCGCUCGACACGCCGGACAGUCUGGCUGUGAUCCCCCGCGCGAUGGAGACUCUGCAGAGUAUUGCCGACCGGCUCAACACGCAUUUAGCUACGGAGGCGCUGGCGACCGUCCGACAGCUCGUGCGGGCGUCCGCAAACAAGAAGCGCAAGGGCAUCGACCACCUCGAGCGCUCGCUGGGCGAGGGCACCCACGGCCUCGGGGACGACACGGUCAUCCCCACUGCGCCGGACGAUGUCUCGUUCUAUCCUUUUGCGCAGCCGGACGCGAUCGACCUGGACUUUUUCCUGAAUAUGAGUUUCUAG